CCAGAGUUUGGGUUCGUUCCCAGUGUGCGCCGCUCGUAUCUCAGUCUCUAAUGAGGGCCGGGGGAUUGCUGCGCUGUGACUGGAAGCAGCAAGAGGACAGCGCGGUCCCGGGCUAAUUUGACAGCUGAUACAACGACCAGAAGAAACAAUUUUGGGAAACGGAAACCAGUGUACAUUAAACUAACGUCAGUAUGAAAAGGGGAAGAAAAGCCAGUGAAGCCAACAUUAGUAUUUCUGGAGAAGAGCAGGUUGAUUUUUCAAAGAAGCAUAAGAUUGUAGAAAGUGAAUCUUCAAAUAUUACCAAUAUUCAUGAUUGGGGAAAUCUGCUUCCUGACAUAAUACUACAGAUUUUUCAGUAUUUACCUCUCUUGGAUCGUGCACAUGCGUCACAAGUUUGCAGAAACUGGAAUCAUGUGUUUCAUAUGCCUGAUUUGUGGAGAUGCUUUGAAUUUGAACUGAAUCAGCCAGAUACAUCUUACCUGAAGGCUACACACCCAGAUCUGAUCAAGCAGAUUAUUAAGAGACACUCAAAUCACUUGCAGUAUGUCAGUUUUAAGGUUGAUAGUAGUAAAGAAUCUGCUGAGGCUGCAUGUGAUAUUCUGUCACAGCUAGUAAACUGUUCUCUUAAAACUCUUGGACUUAUCUCAACAGCACGACCAAGCUUUAUGGAUUUACCAAAGUCACACUUCAUAUCUGCACUCACAGUGGUAUUUGUGAACUCAAAGUCGCUCUCUUCUCUUAAAAUUGAUGAUACCCCGGUUGAUGACCCAUCACUCAAAGUAUUGGUGGCUAACAACAGUGAUACAUUAAAACUAUUAAAGAUGAGUAGUUGUCCUCAUGUGUCUCCAGCAGGAAUCAUGUGUGUAGCUGAUCAGUGUCACGGUUUACGAGAACUAGCCCUGAACUAUUAUUUGCUAAGUGACGAACUACUACUGGCAUUAUCUUCUGAGAAACACGUCCGUUUGGAACACCUGCGAAUUGAUGUAGUAAGUGAGAAUCCAGAGCAAACUCAAUUUCACACGAUUCAGAAAAGCAGCUGGGAUGCUUUAAUAAAGCACUCUCCUAAAGUGAACUUGGUUAUGUACUUUUUCCUUUAUGAAGAGGAGUUUGAUCCUUUUUUCCGUUAUGAAACACCAGUUACACAUCUUUACUUUGGCAGAUCUGUAAGCAAAGAAGUGCUUGGCCGUGUUGGUAUGACCUGCCCACGCUUAGUAGAGUUGGUUGUGUGUGCUAAUGGACUACAGCCUCUUGAUGAAGAAUUGAUACGGAUUGCAGAUCGUUGCAAGAACCUGACAGCAAUUGGACUUGGAGAGUGUGAGGUCUCGUGCUCUGCUUUUGUAGAGUUUGUAAAGAUGUGUGGUGGCCGUCUCUCACAACUUUCUAUAAUGGAAGAAGUAUUAAUCCCUGAUCAGAAGUUCAAUUUGGAGCAAAUUCAUUGGGAAGUUUCAAAGCAUCUUGGGAGGGUGUGGUUUCCUGAUAUGAUGCCUACUUGGUAGAAAAAACAGUACUGCAUUUGCCUGUUUUGGUAUGCAAAAGAGCACUUUAAAUGCUGAAUAUUUUGCAUGGCAUUCUACAUUAUUAAUUAUCAUUAAUAGUCUUUGCUGUAAUGUUUCUAGAAUUCUUAAUUUGUACAUAACCGAAAAUUAAUUAGAAAAUUGAGAUUAACAAUGAGGUGGAUUUAGGGACCAUAUUAAAGCAUUAGUGUUUCUUGUAUAUUGUUUAAAACCUUGAUGAGGAAAGUAGAAUAAUGAAGAAAAGAAGUGUAGUGUGGAUAAAAUAUCUGAAAGAUUUAUGUGACACUCACACACGAACAGUCUGCAUUCGUUUGUAGUUACAUAUUUACCAGACAUUUGUUAAUGAUUCUGAGCACAUGCUUUGUACACAACAACUUUAUUUAGGUUUAUUUGUUUUCUAAACACAAUUUGUAAAUAAAGAUCUUUGUAGAGAAAUUCUGUUCACUGACAAUUACAUAAAAAGGUAGCCAGGGUUAUGUAAUCUACUCAUUGUUGUAAAUAGGAAGUAGAAACAGCUUUGAUAAAUCUGUUUGAAAUGUGUGUCAGUUGCACUGAGUAUCAAUUCCUGUGUAAAAUAUUUUAUAACAUUUGGCUACACUGAAGGCGCCUAAAGCAACCCUUUUUUUGUCUGACAUUUUAUACGUUCUUAAUACUAAACCCAGGAACAAUGAGAUUGUAUUAUUCAAAAAAUAUUAGAGAACACUAGCAGGGUAUAUAUGAGAACUAGAAUAGAGUACACCUACUGUGUAAUUAAAAUUAGAUGUUCUGCUUUACUAUUAAAAGUUAAAAUUAGCUAUUAAACUAAGCUUAAAUUAGAAAGAAAGUGUUGGUUAAAAUGUAUUUUUAAUUUUGAAGGUACUAAGGCACUUAAUGUGAACAUAUCCAAAGAUAUAUAUUUUUGUUUUAUGACUUUAGGGUAAAAUGAUAGCAAUAUUUUUUCUGGUUAACAAGUUCUAUUGUGUGCAUUUUGACAAUCUCGUUGAAUCUAGAAUUAUGCAUGUUCUGUAACAGAUGAUCUUAUCUCAAAACUAAAUCUAAAUAUUUGGCUUCAUAUUUAUUAGUAAAUUACAUAUUUAAAAUCAAAAGAUUGUAGUGUAUUAAAUGGAAAAAACAAAACUAUGGCAUAAUGCCCUUACAUGGAUCUUGUGUGUUAGUUUGUUUUUCCAUAAUUGCCCCUUUUUAUAAAUGUAGCAACUGGGCUGAUCAUGUAAAAGUUCACAUUCUAUGUGAUCAAAUGGGUUAGCAAAGGGGGAAACAAUUUAUUUUUCAGGGAUUUUUUUUAAAUAGUUAUUGCAGCAUAGUUACACAACAGAUAUAUAAAGCAACUUUAUUAUUCUUAAUGUUCGUUUUUUAUUUUAUUGUUUUUAAAUCUGAAUUACUUUCAUAUAACUUUUUGCUAUAUUAAUAAACCUCCACAUUGCUUAAUAAAA